AUGCAAAAUGCCAAUAAUAAUAAUGAUACUCAAUUCCAGUUGUAUAAAAUAAUACAAAAUGAAGAAAAUAGUUUUUAUGUUAUAACUUUAAAUAAUAAAGGAAAUCUUCUUAUGGCAGGAGAUUUUGAUGGAAAUAUGUUUUUAUAUGAAAAUUGUAGUUUGAUCAAUAGUUAUAGAUAUCAUAAAAAAUUUGUGAUUACACUAAAAUUUUCACCUACUGGGAAAUAUUUAGCCAGUGGAUCAGCUGAUUGUAAAAUUGGAAGAGUAGAAAUAGAUGGAACUUAAUAAAUAUAAUUUAGAUUAUUAUCACAUCAUAAAGCAUAUGUAAUGAAGGUAGAUUUCAGUCCAAAUGAGAAUUAUUUAUUAUCAGCAAGUUCAGAUAAAUAACUAUUAGUUUUCAAUUCAAAAUCAUGUGAAUUACUCUCAAGGUAUUAUUUUCCUUACGGGUUAAAUUUUGUUUAAUUUAUAAGUGAAUCUAAACUUUUCAUAUAUGGUACAUUUGGAUCUUUAAAUUUAAGGAAUUUUCCUAAAAUAAAGAAAUGUGAUAAGAUGAAGAAUCCUCAACAUUAAAUAAAGUAAGUAUCAUUAAUAAAUAACAUCUCUAAUUCUCAAUUAUUCUUAAUGAAUGGAUAGAAAAGAUCACAAGCCUAUCUUAUUAAUUAAAUAAAUUUUAAAAUAAUAAGAAGAUUUUAAACUGAAAAUAAACAUGAUAUAAUGAAUAUUCAUUUAAAAGAUUUAAAAGCAAUUCUUACAACAAGUGAAAAUAUUGAAAUAUUGGAUUGGGUUACAGCUAGAAUAUUAUUUAGUUUAGAUUCUAGUACUAGAAUUGGUUCUUCUCUCGUAUCUGAUGAUGGAAUGUAUCUCUAUGCUGUAAGUAGGAAUAAUAUAAAAAUUUGGAUUUUAAAAAAUUGA